GAUCCAACAGGUGAACGAAAUGGUUCGGAGCAAAGAAAACAGCACCAAAGACAAGCUGCCGGCGUGGCUGGAUCAGCAGUUGUUCGUGGAGUUUAUAGAUCGCGAUUUUCCGAACCUUAAGAAAAUCAAAUCGUACAGAUUGGAACCCUCAUCAGGAAAUGGGGAGAAUUAUACAUCGUUACUUCUCAGGGCAAAUUUCGAACUGGAACUAAUUGAUGGCUCCCAGCAGAUCAUCUCCUAUAUGGUUAAGGUUUUGCCCAACUCCGGCAACCGGGAUAAUGUAGCAUCCUGGAAAGUAUUUGAUAAGGAGCACAAAACAUAUGGAGAAUAUAUUCCCGAGUUCGAGAAGAUGUACAGAGAGGCUGGAAAGGAAAUUACCUUUGGACCCCGUUACUAUGAGUCAAAAAAUAAACUUGAAGAGGAGCUUCUCGUGCUGGAGGAUCUGGGAAAGCGGGGAUUCAUUAAUGUAAAGCGCCAGGAUGGCCUAGAUAUGCUACACACUAAGGCCACUUUGGAGAAACUGGCACAAUUCCAUGCUGCCUCCGCCGUGCGAUUUGAGCUCAAGGGAGCCUAUCCUGCAAUGUACAACCGCAACCUGUGUAGCGAAGAGGAUAACUUCAAGGACUUUCGUGAAAACCAAACGAAGGCCUACGUCGAAGCGUGUCCGCUCUACGAUGCCUCCCAUUUGGCGAAGUCUGUGGAGACAUAUGGCAGUCAAGCGGAUGACAUGUUCCAGGCCAUUGCUCCCGAGAUCGAAGGAGAGUUCCGUGUGCUGAAUCACGGUGAUGCCUGGUGCAAUAACUUCAUGUACAAGUAUGAUGAUGCUGGAAAGCUGACCGAAACUUACUUUGUGGAUCUGCAGAUGAGUCGGUUCUCAUCACCCGCCCAGGAUUUGCUCUACUUUAUCCUCUCUUCCACUCAUGUGGACAUAAAGAUAGCACAAUUUGAUUACCUAAUCAAGUACUAUCAUGAAAAGCUCACAGAGAGUCUAAAGCUACUGAAGUAUCCAAAACCACUGCCUUCACUUAGGAGCCUACAUCAGUCGAUCUUUACCCACGGAGACUGGAUUCUGCCCAUCGUAAGCAUUCUCCUGCCCGUUGUGCUGGUCGAUCCCAGUGAUGAUGCCAAUAUGGAUAGCUUGAUGGACAGCGAAUCUGCUGGAGAAAAGUUCCGGAACAAUAUGUUCAAGAACCCCCGCAUAAUUAGACACCAAAAGGAGAUUCUUCCCUGGGCUCAUCGUCGUGGCGCCUUUGAAGUCCGCAAUUAAAUGUAAAAACUGUUGAUAUUAGAAAGCAAAUAAACAAAAGCGUUAGACAAUGCCAUUAUCAGUUCAUAAA